ACAAGUUUUAUUUACUACACAUGUGUUUAGCCAUUCUGUGGUUAGACCUUUAAUUUAACAGGGUUGCAUUUUUGACAUUUCGCACAAAUGUUUUUUUUUUGUAUGCGCGCGAUAUUUUGCAAGCAUUUUGUUUUGAUUGUAAUAAAUUUUAUGAACUUAUUUGAACUUCAUUGACAAGCUCUUGCAAACAUAUUUAAAAUGAGUAAAAAGUCUACACGCGCCUCAAAACCUGCUGAGGAGACAACUGUUCCCGCUGCGAAAGCUCCAGUGCAUUACAAAGUGAUGUACAUAUCAAAGGAACUUUUGGAAGAUCCCGAAAAUGAAUUGACUUUAGAAUACUUUUAUCAUCCAGGAAAAGGAAAGCCUGCUCUCUUUAUUACAAAAUCGAAUACAGAACUUAUGGAAGUCAAAGAAUUUGCAGAGCCAAGACGUUGCUGGUUAAUCAACGAUGAUGUGUGCUCAGAUGGACGCAUCUUCAUGACAACACCCAUUGAUAUAACAUUGCUUGCAUUGCAUCAUAUACGUUUGCAUUGUUCACAAAAAGCACUGUCUUUGAAUGAUAUUGGUGAGGCAAAUGAUAAGAGCACGUUACGAUUGUUGCGCGAAUUUGUACGCGGCGAGGAGCACUUGCGUUGUAUCGCCGACGCAAAGAAAGCGAAUGGCAUGGUAUUUUACAAAUAUAACGCUGAGAAAACGUUGGCGUGGUUAGCAAUUAAAACGCGCCGUGUAACUGAAAAGUUGCGCAGCAUUGGUGUACAUUGUGGGCAGAGUGCUAUGUCGAAGAAUUAUGUACGUGGUGAACUUGAGGGCGAAAACAGAGAAGAAUCUUAUGUGGAUUAUUUACGCAUGGGUUGCGACAUAGUUGGUGACUAUUUAGAUGUAGACUUAUACGAAGAACUUAAACAAUACUUGGAAAUACCUGAAGAAAAGCCGGUUGCAACGGCGCCGAUGGAAGAAAAAGAGAAAGUUGGAAAGAAGCGAAAAUCCCUACAGCAACUCAAUCCUAAUGAAAACAAGAAAAUAAAAUUGGAAGAUAAAGCCAAAAAUGCAAAUGAUAAACUUAAAAGCAGUGGGCUGGUUGAUGAUUCACCAUCGAAUGACCACAGUAAGCCAAAUAGUUCCAGUGAAGAAACAAGUCCUGUUAGUGUGGUGCCAAACACAGUGACACCUUCGCCAGUUAAAGAAAAACAUUUAACAGCGAAGGAGAAGGCAUUAGCAAAAAGUGCCAAAGGUACAAAAAGCAUUGCUUCGUUCUUUAGUAAGAAAUGAUGCAAUGGUAGCUAGAUUUGGAAAUUUUUAUAUUACAGAUUUUUUUAUAAAUAUUUUUUGUUUUAUUACUUUAGUGUCAUUAAUUAAGUAAAUAUAAUUAAAUGCUUUGUUUUUGCAUAUAUUUUUAAUACUCAGUUUUAUGCAUAUUAAAAAUAAAAAUUUCGAAAAAAAUACUUUUAUGUAAAAUGA